AAAACUCGUUCAACGACCUUAUCCUCUCGUCGAAUUGACUAGGCAUAUUUAUUCAAUAAAAUGCAGAUAAAACUUGAUAGGUUAAUUAACACUGUAUAUAUUACACAAUAACAUAAAGAAUAUUUUAUAUAUGCACACAUUCAAUUUAAUUUUUUAAUAUUUAUAAAAAUGUGGGUUACUAAGAAUUGUAGGCGCUUUCUUAAACACAAACAAUUUUGUAUACAAAUAUUGACUGAAAAAAGAUUGCGAUAUACCACAAAUCCAAACCAAGAGCUUCCAACACCAGAAUACGACAUAGAUUAUUUAUGUAAUCCAGCAAACCGAGAUAUAAUUGCUGCAAAUAUAGAAGCAAGGAAGGGUAUUGGAAAUAUUGACAAAGUUCUUGAACUUUCACGGAAACCAGAAUUCAAAGAAGCAUUUUUAAAUGAAUUAAGUAAAAUACCAAACCAAACAGAUCCAUUAGUAUUAUCUUAUGAUAAGGAACCACAAUUUUUGAGAGAAUAUGGAUGUAAACGAACAUUUUAUUUCGAACCACAAGAAUUUUCAGUUUUAGCUAAAAAUUUAAAGAUAGUUAAAAGUGAAUCCAUGGGUCCUGUAAUAGGACAACGAGGUUAUAUAUUUUUAGGAGAUUUAGCAGAUUUAGAAAAAGCGCUGGUUCAUUAUACUGUACAAUAUUUAAUGAAGCAAGGUUUUCAACUAAUAUCAGUACCUGAUAUUAUUCCUACUGAAGUUAUACAAAGAUGUGGAUUAAUAAUGGAGAAAGGAAGAGCUCUUACAUACAAUCUACUUACACCUUUCAAACAUCAGUAUAGUUUGUCUGGAACAGCAGAAAUGGCAUUAGCUUACAAACUAAUGAAUACUACAUUAAAUUCUCAUGAUCUACCAUUAAGGAUGGCUGCUGUAAGUAGAUGUUUUAGAGCAGAAGUGUCUCACAUGGUAGAUGAAAGAGGAUUAUACAGGGUGCAUCAGUUUACAAAGGUUGAAAUGUUUGUAUGUUCUGAACCUGACAAAUCUGAAAAAGAAUUUCAAAAUCUUCAAGAAAUUCAAGAAAAUUUGUUUUCUAGCUUAAAUUUACAUUUUCAAGUAAUUGAUAUGCCACCCCAUGAUUUGGGAGCACCAGCCUACAGAAAAGUUGAUAUAGAAGGUUGGAUGCCUGGGAGAAAAAUAUAUGGAGAAUUAUCUAGUUGCAGUAAUUGUACAGAUUACCAAUCACGUCGUCUUAAUAUAAAAUAUAGGACGAGAGAAGGAGAAUUGGUACAUGUUCAUACUUUAAAUGCAACUGCUUGUGCAAUACCUCGUAUGAUAAUUGCACUGUGUGAAACAUAUCAAACACAGCACCAUCGCAUUGAAAUUCCUGAAGUUUUGAAACCAUAUAUGAAGGAAAAAUUACUUAUCAAAAAGCAGCCAGUCGCAAAUAUGAGAACUUAUAAGUACACACCAGGCAUACAAUAAAAUAUUUUGUAAUAUAUAUAAUUUAAAACGUAAAUACAAUAAUAAUUUGAUUUAGAAAUAAAAUAAC